UUACAUGAGGGGGAGAAGUACUUUCAAUAAAAAUGUAUAACGCCGACUAACAAUUAACUCAUCUUGUGGGUAAGUAUCUUUUUACCAAACUAGGGAGAAAUCCAUCUUUUGUACAAACGAUAAGGAGCAAAGGGUAUUUUACCCGAAAAUAGAUAUACAUAUUGCAAAUUUUUUCUACCAAAGUGGGUUCCAUGGAUACUAACUUUUACUAAAAGGGACCCACAAAUGACAAAACCCUACCUCUUUCUCUCUCUAGUCUUUCAUCUUAGGUGGUUGGGUCUUCUCGAAGGGAAUUUGAUUGGACCCCACACUAAGUAUUAACACAACACACACACACACACACACCCAACAGAAAUGCAAACCAUAAAACUUUUCAUGCAAUGUUUUUGGACGGAUCCUCUCUUAUGGUGCCCCUACAAGCUUACUACUAACCAUUAUAAAUCAUCAUGAGACUGCAUUACCCUUUACGCACACUUUCUUUCUUUUUGUUUUUGUUAUAUACCAUAGCCUUAUAGUACUAUCUCCCUCUUCUUUAAUGAUCAUUCUCUCUUUCUCAUCAUUGUUCUUGUGCUUACAUUAAUGUCCGAAGAUAUGAAUCUAUCCAUCAAUGGCCAGUCCCAAGUUCCUCCUGGUUUCAGGUUUCAUCCAACAGAAGAGGAGCUUCUUCACUACUAUCUUAGAAAGAAAGUGAACUAUGAAAAGAUAGAUCUUGACGUUAUUCGUGAGGUUGAUCUUAAUAAGCUUGAGCCUUGGGACAUUCAAGAGAAAUGCAAGAUAGGAUCAACUCCACAGAAUGAUUGGUACUUCUUUAGUCAUAAGGACAAGAAGUAUCCGACGGGGACAAGGACUAAUCGGGCAACGGCGGCCGGGUUUUGGAAGGCGACCGGCCGGGAUAAGAUUAUCUACAGUGGGUUUAGAAGGAUUGGAUUGAGGAAGACUUUGGUUUUCUAUAAAGGAAGAGCUCCUCAUGGCCAGAAAUCUGAUUGGAUUAUGCAUGAAUAUAGGCUUGAUGAGAGCACCAAUGAAACUACCCCAGCUACGAAUUCGAUUGGAGAAUCAAUGCCUGAAGAGGGGUGGGUGGUUUGCCGGGUGUUUCGAAAGAAGAACUAUCAUAAAACCCUAGAUAGUCCAAAAUGUUCAACCAACUCCAUGGAUUCAAAGGCCCAACAAAUGAUGCUAAGUUCAGGCAACGAUGGAGUUCUUGAUCAAAUACUUCUCUACAUGGGGAGAACCUGCAAACUCGAAACCGAAUCGCUCAACGCCAUGACCAAUAUGAUCUCCAACACCAACCACACCACCACCACAACUAGAUCUGGCAUCAAUACUGAUAACCAUCAUCAUCAUCAAAUGUUCAGUGAAAGAUUCAUUCAUCUCCCACGACUCGAAUCUCCUACUACCCUCCCAUCACUCCCCAUCAACUCCGACCAGGACCGUGUUUUCCGGCCUUGUUACCAACCGUUCGACGAAAUCCUCAAUGAAAGUACUCAACCUUCCCCAACCAACUGGGUCACACUAGAUCGCCUAGUGGCUUCACAACUCAAUGGACAAGAAGAAAAUGUGAGUUUCUCUCUUUGUCCGGACGAGGAUGACUUACAUUCAGACAGAUCAGUCUACAACAACAACGAGAAUGAUCUAUGGAGCUUCACUAAGUCAUCAACAUCCAUAUCUCCUUCAUCAUCAGACCCAUUAUGCCACUUAUCAGUAUAACAUAUAACAGGAAGAAGAAGAAGAAGCAGAAGAAGAUUGAAGAGACAAAGGACAGAUGUACGUAGUCUUACAUCAGAUUGCAAGGACAGAAGAACAGAAUCCUGGUAUAUAUACAUACAUACAUAUAUGUUUGCUAUAUAUAGAUAGUAUAUAUAGAAGUAUAUGUGUACGUACUUGAUGAAUAAUGAUAUAAAUGAUGGUGAUAUAUGUGGAAGAUAAGGUGGCAGAUAUUGUCAAAUCAAAUUAAGUCCAUUAUAAUAAUAGUUUCCUCAAUAACGAUGUUGUCCAUUCAUAAUUCGCACU